AUGUUCAUUAAGCGGGUUACGAUCACAGGAUUCAAGUCUUAUGGCAAAACAACGACAUUUGAUGAUCUGUCGAAGGGUCUGAACACGAUAAUAGGCUUUAACGGCUCAGGAAAAUCGAAUUUAUACAAAGCAAUCGAAUUCGUAUUAUUAGACGAGUACGCAAAGCUCACGCCUACAGAGAGACUAGCAGUAUUACACGAAGGAGCCGAAAGCAAGGCCAAAAAGGCCACGAUUGAGGUAGUUUUCGAUAAUACAGCCCGAAAGAUACCGAUUAACGAGAACGAAGUAGUAUUUAAGCGAGUAGUUGAAGAAGACAAAGACGAAUUCUACGUUAACGAGAAGAAAAAGUCCAGAACUGAUAUCCAUAAUUUAUUAGAGUCAUCAGGCUUCAAUCCGCAGAACGGAUACUACAUUGUACGCCAAGGCAAGGUUAACCAGCUUGCUACAAUGCGCGAUUCCGAAAGAUACGACUUAAUAUGCGAUAUUGCCGGUACAAAGUUCUACGAUGAGCAGAAGAAAGAGUCAUUGACAUUGCUCGAUAAGACCAAAGGCCAGAUCUCCCAGAUUGAUGACUCCCUCAAGUUCAUAAAGGAAAGAAUCGAUCAAUUGGAACAAGAAAAAGUGACACUCGAAAAUUUUGAGAGUUUACAAAAUGAUCGUAAAUCCAUUGAAUUUAUAUUACAAAGAAGAAAAGAAGAGAAAGAGAAAAAAGAGCAAGAAGAGUACAUAAAAGAGUUGGAUGAGCUCAUGACGAAGCUUAUGGAACUCCAAUCACAAAACAAGCAAAACAAAGAAGAAAUCGAACAAUCCAAAGCGAAUUUCGAAGAUAUCACGAAGAAACUCAAUGAGCAAUACAAGGAAAAGGCCAAGCAAGAAGAUUUCAAAUUAGAUAUCUCCAAGAAACUCAUCAAAGAAGAGAAUAAUCUCGAUAUCGCGAAGAAUCAACUGAAACAAGCUGAAGAUUCCAAAGAAAGACUCCAGAAGAAGAUAGAAGAGAUUGAUAACGAGAUUGACACUAAAAACCAAAGAAUUUCGGAGUUAUCAAAGAAGAUCAAUGAAAUUAACAACGAAAUUGCAUCAAAUGAAGCUAAUUCUGCUGAUUUCGAUCCACAAGAAGCAGAAAAAGAGAUCAAAACUCUUGAAAAUUCAUUGAUUGAAAACAAUUUUUCUGAUUUUGAUCUAAAAUCAGAAAUUGAAGAGCAAAAACAGAAAAUUAUCAAUGAAAAAGAAGAAAUAAAGAAGAUUAAUGAUGAAACAUCGCAAAUCUCUGAAGAAAUGAACACACAAAACAUGAAUCUUAUUAAAACAGAAGACAAAAUCGCAGAAAUCAACAGUGAUAUUCGUAUUUUGAAAGAAAAAAUACAAAAUGUCACAAUGAAGUUGAAUAAUAAGAUUCCUUACAAUAUUUCUGUAUCUAUCAACAGAAUCAAUGAUGAAAUGAACAAUGAAUUUUCUUUGUUUUGUGAUCUGAUCAAAGUCAAAGACAAAAAAUAUGAAAAAGUCAUUGAAACCGUUUUAGGAUGUCACCUUUUUGAUGUUAUCGUCGCAAAUGACGAACUCUCCGACAAAUUGCAAGGAAUUGUCAAUAGCAAUGAUGAAGGAAAAAUAACUGUCUUUCCACUUGAAAAUUUGACAUUUCCUCAAAAAAGUGAUAAUUAUUUGAAAAGUGACAAUUUGCCAAAUACUUCCAAUUUCAUCAGAUUGAUGGACAUGAUUGAUAUUGAUGAUGAAAAGAUGAAGAAAUUGUGCGAAACAGUUUUUGGUGGAAUAUUUUUUGUUGAUGAAAUUGACAUGAAUGAUAAAAAUGUUGUAGACAAUGAUGGUUUAUUUAUUGACAAAAACGGAAUUGUUGUUUUGCAAGAUGAAAACUAUUUUGGUGUUUUCGAUUUGAUUUCGCAGAAAAAGGAAUUGGAAAAUCAACUUGAAGUCAAAAAUGAAUUUCUUGUCACUUUUGAAGAAGAAAAAUCACAAAUUCAAAAUUCCGUUGAUAAUUUACAAGAAAAAAUGAGUGAAUUAUCGAAAGAAAAGAACCAAAUGAUCUCCAGGAUGAAAGAUGAUGAAAAUCACCUCACUUCACUUGAUCAACAAUUGACUUCACUUCGCAAGAAAUCUGACACAGUCAAUCAGAUCAACAACGACAUAAAAUCCAAAAUAGAAAAUCUCAGAACAAAAAUUGAGAAUUCAAAACGUGACAGCAGGAAGAAAAGUGUCAAAAAGAUCAGUGAACAAAAACUUGGAGAGAUGAAAGAGAAAGUUAAUAAAAUGAGUGAAGAAAAAGAGAAUUUGAUGAAUGACAUUCAUUAUAAAUUAGAAAUGAUUCGAAACCAAAUCAAAGAAGAUGUUUCUAAUUUAAAGAUCGAUUCCUAUGAAAACGAAAUCGAAAAAGAAGAACAAAACUAUAAGAAACAUCUCAGAGAAAAUGAAUAUUUCUCUCAAAGAAUUGAAACAAUUUCUCAUCAAAUUCAAAGUUUGGAAGAAAAAUCAAACGAAAUCGAAUCAUUUUUGUUUUCUUUGCAAGAGAAAAAUGAAAAUAAUGAGAAAGAUAUUGAUUUCAUUCAAAAGAAAAUCAAUAUAAUCCAGAAAUCCAUCAAACCAAUUUCAUCAAAACACGAAAACGCAAAAAUUGAUGAAAAAUUUGUAAAUUUAACCGAUCGAGAAUUGAAUGAGAAAAUGCGGUUUGUCAAAAAAGAGAUGAGCGGAAUCAAGUACGUUAAUUACAGUGCAAAAGAAGAUUUCGAUGAAUUCUCUGAUAGACAGACGAAAUUGAUGGAAGAAAGAGAAAAAUUGAAUGAAAAUGAAGAAAAAAUCAACGAAAUGAUCUCGAGAUUGGACAAAGAUCGAGAUAAAACACUGAAUGAAACAUUCGAAAGUGUUUCUAAACAUUUCAAUGAGUAUCUUUCAAUCAUCACCAAUUUGGAUGUGAAAUUGAAUUUGAAUAAUGAAUCAAAAGAAGUCAGUCUUUUGAUUGAAAACGUUGAAAAUGUUUCUCAACUCAGUGGAGGACAGAAAUCUAUUGUUGCAAUCUGCUUGGUAUUUUCCAUGCAGGAAAUCUUCGGAGCUCCAUUCUACAUCUUCGAUGAAUUCGACAGCGCAUUGGAUAUCGAACACAGAGCAAAUUUGUGUAAAUUAAUCAAAAAAUUGUCAGAGUCGUCUCAAUAUAUUGUAACGACUUUCAAAAGUGACAUUUUGGACUAUUCGAAUCGACUUUUCCAGCUGUCAUUCAGUAACAACAUGUCGCAAGUCAGGGCUAUCAAUAAUGAAGAAGCCCACCAAAUUAUCAAUUCCUAA